CUGUUGACAAUUUCUCUAUGCUUUAUAUAAACGUGCACGCGUUCUGCGCUUUCUGUUCUGGGGGCGCCGUUACGUGAGGCGCACCCGUUUGGUAAAAUGAAUAGUUUAAACAAAUGUGCGCGUCUGUGUAGAUUGUUAUGCAGCGAUGUCGCCGCUAAUUCGUCCGUGAUUAGGGCUACGACUCUGAGGAUCACGCAAUCACCCUGUGGCGCAUCUUUACACACGUCAUGCGCGCAACGCGGACUGAUGGAGUUUUUCGAGCCGAAAGAUAACUGGGGUGCCGAAGAAGUCCGAUCAGGAAAGUCAUGGAGUAAGGACGAGCUGCGGAUCAAAAGCAACUCGGACCUUCACAAACUUUGGUACAUCUUGCUGAAAGAGAAGAACAUGCUGCUCACCAUGGAGGAGGCAGCCAAGAGGGAAGUGGAGCUUUUCCCAAACCCUGAGCGUAUCGACAAGGUGAAGGAGAGCAUGAACAACCUGGAGGAGGUGGUGCGAGAGCGCAACGAGGCAUACCACCUGCUCGAGACAGGCGAGUCUGGAGAGCAACCGUGGGUCCCCAAGGAGAACAUCUACGGCUUCGUGCGCAACUUUGCUCUGAAGGAGCACUUGAUGCCGCGCAAGAGCAACCCCAAGGGCUACUUCCAGCUCUGGCGAGACAAGGACCUCGACGAGUUCCUCCGGCUCUACCGCGAAAAGAUGCAGAAGCGCAAGGAGUUCUUUCACCGCACGAGCCGGAACCAGAUAAUGCAGAUUAUCAAGCGCUUCCCCAACGUGGACCGUUCGUUGCUGCGCGAGCAGUACCCGGACGUGGACAUAGACAAGCUCGAGAAGAUCAUGAAGGAAAAGAUAUACACCGCCUUUGAGCAGCAGACCACGUGAACUCUUGUCCCACUUGGGCAGUGCCGAGGUGUCAACACAAGCCAGCAUUUUAGUAAAUCGAUAAUUAAAAGAAGUAGUGGAAACAAU